CUAGAAGAAACCAUUGAAGACUUUAAAAGUGAUCUUGAAAUCAAAGGAGAUGAAGUCAACAUGUUGAUCGAACUUAUCAGAAACCUCGAAGUCAAAAUUCGGUUAUCAACACAGAAGCUUCGUGUAACGGAACAGACAUUAAGCGAAACGAAACACGAGCAUGCAGCGAAAGAAGAGAAGCUGCAUCAAGAAAACAAAUCUUUAGUAGAAAAAAUCUCAACUUUAACCCAAAAGAUUGCUGAUAUCAAAAGGGAGGUACAAAAUCAAGUUAAUGAGACCUUGACCAGUGUUGACUCUCUCACUAUAGAGUUUGAAGAAGAUUACGACCACGUAAGAACACGAGUUACGAAAAUCACGAACGAAAUUCAAGCCAUGCAGAUUCAGCUGAAGCAAAUGAACGAAGACGCGAAACAAACGUUGGAAGAAAUGGUGAUGAAAUUAAGUUUUGUGAAACUGAGAAUGACAGAGGCGAUAAAGCAGCUGUGCAUAUGUGUGGAUUAUCACAGGGACCGUUUCGAUCAUCUUCAACAGCUACUGAAGGCAAGCACCGGCACACAAAGGCAAAGGGUGAGGUAAGUACAUAUUGUCCGUGAUUAAUACUCAUUUCUCUUUGUUUUUUAGAUAUCAUGUACAAGGUAUUCGCAUCUUAUGAGCGUGAGUGAGUUCAAAGACAAUGAAGCCGAUGAUGACGUGAUGAUAAAAGAUAGAGGCUUAAAAGUUGGCGGAUCAAAUCGAGCAGCAGUUGAGAGUUUGAGGAGGCGUUCACUUCCAAAGCGAUUUGAGGAGUCGUUCAUAGUUUGAAGGUUUAAUGGUUUAGUAUAGCAGUUUGAAUUGGUUUUUUAAAUUCUAUUUUAAAACAUUAGUUCGUUAAGGAACAAGACUCGUUCACACGAUUAGUUGGUUUAAUGGUUUGGUAUAGCAGUUUGACGGUUGCAGCCGAGACUUCGAAGUUAAACAUGGCGCUUAUAUUGUUACCUGUUUGUCGAAACACAAUAACUUGGUUAAGGAACAAGACUCAUUCGCACGAUCA